CGCCAGCCGGUUGUGGCCAUGGCGGCCGCGGGCUCCGGUGUGGUGAGGCGAGUAGAAGAGCUCGGGGACUUGGCGCAGGCCCACAUACAGCAACUUAGCGAAGCUGCAGGGGAAGACGAUCACUUUUUAAUUCGGGCCUCUGCAGCACUAGAAAAAUUGAAACUCCUUUGUGGAGAAGAGAAAGAAUGUUCAAAUCCAUCAAAUCUUCUAGAACUUUACACACAGGCUAUUUUGGACAUGACGUAUUUCGAGGAGAACAAGCUAGUAGAUGAAGAUUUUCCUGAAGAUUCUUCACAGAAAGUAAAAGAGCUGAUCAGUUUUCUUUCAGAACCAGAAAUCUUAGUUAAGGAAAACCAUAUGCAUCUAAAACACGGCGAUUUGCUCGGGGAUGAGUUGCUGGAAUGUCUCUCUUGGAGACGAGGAGCUCUCCUCUAUAUGUAUUGUCAUUCUCUGACCAAAAGAAGAGAGUGGCUCUUAAGAAAAUCUAGUUUGCUUAAAAAGUACCUCGUUGAUGGAAUCAGUUACUUGCUGCAGAUGCUAAAUUAUCGGUGUCCUAUCCAGUUAAAUGAAGGAGUUUCUUUCCAAGACCUAGACACAGCUAAAUUACUGAGUGCAGGAAUAUUUAGUGACAUUCAUUUGCUGGCUAUGAUGUAUAGUGGAGAAAUGUGUUACUGGGGAUUGAAGCAUUGUGCUGAUGAACAGCCAGAAGAUCAUGAAGUGGAUACUGGUAUUUCUGGAGCAAGCAGCACUGAACACAAAGAACUCUUGGAUUUUCGAGAAGUAGGAGAAAAAAUUUUGAAAAAGUAUGUAUCUGUAUGUGAAGGACCUCUGAAAGAACAAGAAUGGAAUACAACAAAUGCAAAACAAAUUUUAAACUUCUUUCAACAUCGUUGUAACUAGUAAAUUGAUCU